AAGUGUUUCUUUCAGAAGAGAAGCGGCCAGAAAGUUGACGCAGUUAUGAGAGUGAGGCGGCGCGAGGCGGCACGACACCGGGACACCAGCCCACGGACACGAGACCGCAUUCACAGAGCGAGCCGGACACGCGGGACCAGCUGAACCGGGAACCUGCUUUCUGUUUUUUGGGAAGUUUUGUUUUGUUUGGAGGGUGUUUUAACCGGGUGAUCAGAACCGAGCGGCACAAAGCGGGAAGCGGGGCGACUUAUUAACCUCUGGACCGAACCGAACCGGGAACCGCGCGCGUGAGAGCCUGUAGACUGAGCAUGACGGACGUCGAGCUCGCGAGGUGCGCGGAGGGGGUGAUCAAGAAGGAGGAGGAGGAGGAGAGUCAGGAGAGCCGCACGCUCCUCAUGGUCGCGAGGAUCCUGCUGGAACUCAACCGGUGCGGCGCGAGCGCCACGGUGGAACCGACGAGGCGCGUGCGACGUGGCCAGAACCAGAACCAAAGCCACAGUCGCGUGCCCGCCGAGAAGAGGCACCGGUGCCCCCAGGCGGGAUGCGGCAAAGUAUACGGCAAGUCGUCACACCUGAAGGCGCACCUGCGCGUGCAUACAGGUGAGAGGCCGUUUCAGUGCACCUGGCCCGACUGCGCUAAGAAGUUCUCGCGCUCGGACGAGCUGACCCGUCACUUCCGCACGCACACCGGCGAGAAGCGCUUCGCCUGCCCGCUCUGCACCAAGUGCUUCAUGAGGAGCGACCACCUGAGCAAACACGCCCGCCGCCACGACGGCUUCCACCCCACCAUGCUCCACAACCCACACGGCAGGAGGCGGCACUCCUCCACCUCCACCUCCUCCUCCGGCUCCGGAGAGGCAGAGUGCACCUGAGCCGGAAACGAUGAACGGUGAAUGAUAAUUGAUGAAUGAUGAAUGAUGGGGAUUUCACUCGUUCUGUUCUGUCUUCAGAUCAUCCUCUUCACAAAGUGUGUGUGAUGUGUGUGUGGGUGUAUUACGUGUGUUUGACAUGACAGACUCUGUUGCACAUGUAUGUAAUCAGACAAACGGACAGCAGAAGUAUGUACGUAUAGUUUACUUGAACAUCCGCUGUAAUGAUUCAGUCGUAGCGAUGGGGAGAUGGUUUUCCCAAAAUAAGAUUUCACUUUUCACAGUGUUUUAAUCCUAAAGUCAGGUACAGCAUAAACGCCACACCCACAGAUUUCCACACAUUCCACCUGCGGGAAAAUGGGUAAAUCAGCCAGAAUAUAAAAUACAUAAAAUAUGCAAAUAAACCAUUUGUGCUCUAAAAUUAUGCUUAAUCACAUAUUCACAUUUUUAAAACAGAUACAGUUCCAAUUACCAAAACCAAUUCAGCAGAUGGUUUGAGACACAUUUAAAACAGAUACAAAUCCAAUCAAUUGCUUAAACCACUUCAGAAGGUGGUUUAAGACGCAUUUAAAACAGAUACAGAUCCAACUGAUCACCAAAACAACUUCAGGAGGUCGUCUGAGACACAUUUAAAACAGAUACAAAUCCAAACCCUCACUCAAACCACUUCAGGAGUUGAUCUAAGACACAUUACACUACCGAGUGUAAACGUAUGCGGCUAAAAUGGUAUCGGGACAGGAUACAAUCCAGAUUAUAGAGACGCUUGAAGCCAGAGAGUGUGUGAAGAUGAGAUGUGGUUGCAGCUCUAAACUAAACAUUUAGAUUUUUUUAUACUCUUUUAAGUAUUACUCAGGUAUUUUUUCAGCCCAUGAAGAAGAAGGUGUGGUUAUGCUAAUUUCACAAACCAAAUCCGCAAACACGGUUGUGUAUAGAAUCUAAUAGAUCUAAUAGAUCAGCUUAAUGCUGGCGACUUCGUGAACAGAUAUAAAAUAUUAUUAUUAGCCAAUAAUAUAUGAAAACUACAGACCGACUACCUAACAGCCAAUGAAUGGCUGCCUUGUGUAGAAAUGACUGGGUGACUGGGCUUCACUUGAUACGCAGCAGAUAUCAUGCUGUAAAUGGGUUAUUGGAUUAUACAGUGAUGAUGAUGAUGAUCUUCUUUCAUAUCAUAUUUAUCUUAUACAUAACCGAUGUGUGUAAAAUAAUAUAUGUAAUAUGUAUAUAUCAGUCCCACCCUCCUCUAUUUUUUAAAUAACAGAGAAUAUUUGCAAUCAUAAGUGCUGACACCUGUAAACACACAGCAGCUUUACUGUGCCUCAUGAAUAGACCGCCCCCUGGUGGCAGCUUUAGUGGUAGCUUGCACAAAAGAAAUGUAUUAUAUAUAUGGUGGAGGGGUUUAUUUUUAGAUUGUUAGGCAUUUUUAUAUAACUCGAAUUGUCCUCAUAGUUUCUUAUUUAACUAACAUAGAAAAGAUAUACAGUAAAAACAUCCAGUUUUGGGAUUUUCUCCGUGUUAAAAUUAAUUUUUUCAUAUAAUUUAAUGUAAAAAAAAAUGUUGCUGUAUAUAAAGUGUGUGUAUGUGUGUGUGUGUGUGUGUGUGUGUGUGUGUGUGUGUGUGUGUGUGUGCGCGCGCGCAGGGUUCAGGCAGAGGGAUGCAUCUUCUCUAGAUCUUUUUUUUACUGCAGAUUUAAUGAUGAAUGUUUUGUUGGACAGCAGCAGCUCAGAAUUACACACUUUUGGUUUACUUGAAAUAUUCAAAGCUGUAACUCGUCACUUAUGAACACUUAUUAUUAUCACAUAUCAAAAAUCACACUCAAGCGCAGAUAUAGAUAAGAUCUAUCAGUGGGCAUAGGGGAUAUCUCAGUAGUACAAUCUUAAAAAUAAAGGUGGCAAAAUUACAAAAAAUAAUAAUUUGGCAACAUUAAAAGUUAUAUUUUUUAUUGGUAUUUGAAAUAAGCAACAUUAUCUGCAUUGUUUUUUAAAAAGCAAAAGAAAAAUAUUGACAUUUAAUUGUAUAAAUGAUUUACAUUAUUAUUUGAAGUAUGCUACAUUUUCUGCACUGUUUAUUAUACAACAACAAAAAAAACAAGAAAAAUAAGAUAAAUUAAUUGCUUUUUUUAAGAAAAAAAUUAAAUAAGUGAAAUAUUGCAUUAUUUGCAUUAUUUUGUUAUUAUUAAAAAAUAAUAAUUCAGAAUUGUUUCUAUUAAAAUGAGUAAAACUAUAACUAUAAUUAUCUGCAUUUUUUUAUUUCUUCAUAAAAUUAUUCAUAAUUUUCAUAAUUAUUCUUCACUGUUUCAAAAAAAAAUCUGUCUCUUAAGUAUAAGUAAGUUGAAUUGUCUGCUUAAUAUCUGUAAAAAGUUUUCUGUUAUCUGUAUAGUUUUAAUAAUAUAAUAAUUAUUUGUGAGAAACAGCUGUUUAAAGCAGCAAAAUGUGAUAAAUCCUUUUUUUUUUUUCAAAUUAAAUCGUUUUUUAACUAGGAAUCCAAACUGAAAAUCUUUAUUUUUAGGAGUGUACAGACGCCACCAGUCAGUUUAUCUACAGAAAAUGCUCACGCUCAUCCAAAAGCAGCCAGCGUACAUUUAGUAUACUGUAUUUUGUUUCAGUAUUUAGAGGUUUAGGGAAUUCAGAUGCACUUUUUUAUUCAGAUGUGCGCGAUUGUCACGUCGUUGGGUUUCAUAUGAGUUUCAGACUGUGAGAUUAGGACACAGCUGAAAUGUGAAGAUGUCAGAAACACUGCCAUUCUGCAUUACAACCCUGUGCCUCUUCACUCAGCUCCUCUCAUGAAUGUAGAACUAAGUGAGGUAGCCGCUGUCCGACGCCUUACACGAGCAGAAUAUUCAUUUUAAUUAGAUUGUUGUUUAUGUAAUAGAGUGUAUGUAGUUCAGAAUGGCUGCGUAUGUACAGAUUAUAAUAAUAUGACUGUAUUUUGAAUGGUCAGUAAGUGCAGAAUUCAUUUUAUUCAGGUUAAACAAUAAAAUUUCAAAUAAAAUAAUACAAUAAAACCCUGA